GACCACACAUAGGAAAUUCACUGUCACUGUCUAUGGAGGGAGAUCCUGUCAUUCUUCAGACUGAUGUUCCUCAACUAACCGGAGAUGAGCUGAUAGUGUGGAGGUUUGGAGAUGAAGGAAAACUCAUAGCUAAAGCUGAUAUAGAAGCCAAGAGCUCAUCAUUAUAUGAUACUGAUGAGAGAUUCAGAGACAGACUGCAGCUGAAUGACCAGACUGUAUCUCUGACCAUCACAAACACCAGAACCACAGACUCUGGACUUUAUACAGCGAAGAUCAGCAGCAACAAACAGACUUUAUACAAGAGAUUCAUUGUUACUGUCAGUGUGAAGGAGGUGCCAGCGAAGGUUGGAGAAUCUGUCACUCUAGACCCUGGUCUUGAAACACUGAGAAGUGAUCUGAUACUGUGGACGUUUGGAGCUAAAAACUGUCUUGUUAUUAAAGCCGAAUCAGGAACGACGAGUAUUAGUGAUAGAUUCAGAGACAGACUGGAGCUGAAUCAUCAGACUGGAUCUCUGACCAUCACAAACACCACAGAUACAGACUUUGGACUUUUUCAACUUCAGAUCAUCAACAGAGACCGGACCAGAUACAGGAGAUUCAAUCUGACUGAUACUAUGAAUGAAUCAACUAAAGAGAAACCACUGCUGAAUUAAAAGGAUGAGCAGCAGGGGACUUCAGUUUAAUAAGACAUGCCCACCAGUGCCAAUC